AGUACGGAUUCAGCUACAGACACGGAAACGCUUUGUAUCGCAACUGGUGAGAAUGGAGAAACCAUGUAUCUUGGCCACCUCCCUAGGAGCAUCAGGAGGGAUAUACCGCUGCUUUGCUCCCAUCAUCCAGGAGCACUUCACAAUCAUCUCUCACGAUGAGUUCCUUAAAGACCAGAAGACGUUUGCAGAUAAAUUGAAGGCAGUGUUUGUCUGGGGGGCAGCCUUGAAAGUGGACAAAAACCUGCUGCAGUCUCUACCAAACCUGAAGGUGGUUGUAAAUGGAGGGGUGGGAGUGGAUCAUUUAGACAUUCCUAUGAUCAACAGCUAUGGGGUGAAAGUAUGCAACACACCCCAUGUGGUUGACAAUGCCACUGCAGACCUGGGCAUGGGCCUAAUGCUUGCAUCUGCAAGGAAAAUCUUGGAAGGUCACCAGUUCACAAUGAGCCACGAGACAGAUCUUCUCCCAGAGAGCUCAUUGGGGGCCGAUGUAAGCGGAGCCACACUUGGUAUUGUAGGAAUGGGUAGAAUCGGAUACAAGGUGGCCAAGAGGGCUUACGGCUUUGACAUGAAGAUCUUCUACCACAACAGGAACCGCAGGCCAGAGGAGGAAGAGAGAGUGGUUGGGGCCACCUACUGCCCCAUCCUGGAGGAUCUGCUACGUAGGUCAGACUUUGUCAUGGUGGUGGUGAACCUGUCUCCUCAAACACGUGGUCUAAUAGGAGCCAAGGAGCUGGCCAUGAUGAAGCCUACCAGCACAUUGAUCAACAUCAGCAGAGGGCACGUUGUGGACCAAGAGGCCUUGGUGGAGGCCCUACAAAGAAAGGGGAUCAGAGCAGCUGCGUUGGACGUCACGUACCCUGAACCCCUACCCAUAGGCCAUCCCCUGGCAGCCCUCCCCAACGUGAUCAUCCUGCCCCACUUGGGCACCCACACACUGGAAACCAGUGGCAUCAUGGUCCAGAGAAUGGUGACCAACGCCCUAGCAGGACUGUCAGGGACCACACCACCUGAUGAGGUCAAAGCUUAGGCUGUAAAGGAGUCUGAUGAGGGGGCUGAGGGGCCUGCGUAGCCAUGCCCUUUUUACCACAGCGAAUAUUGCAAAACCCUGAUACCGUUCACAUUAAAGAGCUAAUGCCCUGACACCGUUUUAAUGAAAAACACAGUACCUAUCCCUAUAAUUGUUGUAAAUGUUUUCAUUGCUCUUUAGAGAGGAGUUGCGUAGGGGAGGUUAAAGCCUACUAUGGUGUCUUCACCCAUUUCAGAGAACUUUAGCAGGAAUAUGUCUUACUGUUUUCUGUCAUUAAUUCAUCAGAAUUUAUACAAAGCAAAAUGUAACACAGCACUGAUUAUUCUCACAUAAAUAAAGAUGAAUUGGAUUCAACAAUUUUUUUGCCUCAAUAAAUGGUUGAAUAAAUGGUUAAAGGCAAACUAAAAUGUCUAACAUGGACAGGCGCAUGGAAGACGUUAAGCUGUGAAGUCACCAACAAGAAAAAAUGGAUCUAAAUAGUACUGUUUUUGUAAUGUUAUACCAUAUUACAAGUCUUGUCUUUAGACAUUAGAUAAUUUUUCUUUCAAUGCUACAAAUGUUGCUGUGUGCAUCCCAUCUUGUCUUUUAACUUGAGGUAGGCUAGGUGACAAGAUUUAUUAUUGACAUUGCUGUACAAUCUCCAUUAAAUAUUACAUAUGGGUAAAGGCUUGAGACCUGACCAAAGUUUUUGUUGGAGGGGUAGUUAUUUAACUGCUUGGAAAUUAAAAUGUUUCACCAAGCUAAACAAAUCAUUGAUUC